AUGAAUGAAAUUGAUGAAGAAUAUGUUUCCACACGUACUGAAAAUGAGGUAGAUCCAGGUUCCAGCCAUGAUAAAGAGCAUCUGAAAAGUAUUAUCCAUGAAAACAUUGAAGAUGUUAAAUUUGUCAAGUCGCAUAGAUCCAAUGAAAGUGAUAAUGUAGUCAGCGAAAGGCUACUUGGAAUGGCUGUUAACAACCUCCAAGAGCAACACAAUGAAGAAGAUGACAUCAAAUGCAUCGCAAAGACAGCUGCUAUAUUGAGAAAUGAGCUCAAAAGACAUACUCACUGGAAAUUUACAGGAUCCCAGUCCACGAAGGACUUUCAGUCUCCACCAAUGUUGACCUCCUUUCUACGAUGGCUUCUUCUUGGCACAAAACUUAGAAAUGUGAAAGGAAAGCGCUAUCAGGCAUCAACGAA